CUAGAGCCUUAUGUCGAGCGACCUUCACCGAUUCAUCAGCGACAACUGUGUUAAGCUUUUUGGUCUUGCAGACCGGAGUAUCAUCGACUUCGUACAGGCUUCAGCAUCGACAUCAAAAACACCAGACGCUCUCUUCUCCUCUCUCACCACUUCUGGCCUUCCAAACACACCUGAUGCACAUGUAUUCAUAAACGAGCUCUUCUCUCGUGUUCCCAGGAAAAGCAAACACAAAUCUUCAGCAGACAGCACACGGAAGCAAGCGGAGAAGGAGGCAAAGGCGCUGAAUUCCCGCAGGUUUGAGUUUUUGCUUGAAGAUGAGGCUACCCCUGAUGUUUCGGAGCUGAAGGGGAAGCGCAAGGAGGGAAGUAGCAGCAAGGAGAAGCGCAAGGAGGACAGAGGAAGUGGUAAGGAGAAGCGCGAACGCCAUCUCAGGAAGAGAGAACACGAUAGCAGAGAGUGGGAGAGCGAUGAGGAAGAGAAACAUCGGAAGCGACGGAAACCAGAUGAUAUUGAAACCAAUGCGGAUGAGGAGGCAAUGGACAUUCCAGAGGAUGAGGAUGAAAGAAAAGAACGAGACCGGUUGCAGGAUAUGAAGGAACGAGACGCGUUUGCUGAGAGGGUACGCGAAAAAGAUCGGGAAAAGACAAAAAAAAUCGUCGAAGAUCGCUCCUCUCGCAAUGCAGGUGCAGCGGCCGAGGCUGCACAACGUCGACAACUUGCAGACGACACUGAAGCGCGGACGCAUGCACUCCCUUCACUGCGGCUGCACUCUCGGCAGGAAUACCUGACCAAACGUGAGGUGCAGCAGAUUGAGCUCCUGAGGAAGGAGAUCGCGGACGAGGAGGCCUAUUUCCAUGGAAUGAAGCUCACGAAGCAGGAGCAGGAGGACUUGGAGCGCAAGAAAGAGAUUCUGCGGCUUGUUGAGGAGCGUCUCAAGAUCAACGACAAGUGGGAUGGUUACAUGCUACCUGAAGACUACAUUACAGAGCAAGGCAAAAUUGACAAGGAGAAGAAGCAGAAUGCACUUUACAAGCGGUACUGAAGAGGCCAAGCCCAAGGAUGACCAGUUCGUCACGGACGUCGACCAGUGGGAGGCCAGUCAAACGCUGCACAGCACAUUCCGGAUGGGCGCUAUGGACAAAAGGGAGGUCCCCGACGACUACGAGUACGU